ACGAUAUCCGUCAUGACGUCAUGUACGCCUUUGUCACGGAGUGUGUAGUGGAGGACAGUAGUCUGGAGUUUUUCCUGACCACAGCGUCACGUGACGUGAUAUCAGAAUACUGCCGGUCAUGGGAGUAUAUGAGGAGUGAGGGAGAGAGAUGUCUGUAUGUACCGGACAAUCCAAAGAAUAUGUGCAACCUCUUCAUAAAUAAACUACAGCUGGACAUCAUCUCACACUGUACCGUGUCUGACAGGGGGAUUCAUGACAGUGUCAGAAAACUUUUGGGUGUCCCUAGAGAAAUACUAUAUUGGGACCAGGAGUCCAGGGAGCGGUAUGUGGAGUACGCUAAGGGAGGAACACAGACAGUCCACCACGCCCGGGGGAUGAUUGUAGGAUGUGCUGGGGCGGGGAAAACCACGCUACUUAAACGUCUGCUUGGUUGCAGUGAAGAAGAGAUUAAGGAAGUAAAAUCAACCGAGGGAUUGGAGGUGCAUGAAGAAAUAUUUGAUAUAUGUGAUGAAACAAGAUCAUUGAAAGCAAAGAAAAGUCAAGAGAACAGUGAGAAAGUUAAUACUACAAAUGUUGACUUUAAGUCUCUGACAUUCUUUGACUUCGGGGGCCAAUGUGCGUACUACGCCUGUCACCAGAUUUACCUGACCAGGAGAGCUUUCUAUGUUGUGGUAGUGGACGCCUCUAAACGUCUUGACCAGAAAGUAGAUAAGAAAGUGUGUGAUCAAGAUGGAAGCGUAUUCUCUGGAUGGACCUAUGGAGACUACUUUGUGUUCUGGAUAAAGUCUAUACAUACCUACUGUAGUUCUGACAACCAAAAAGAUACAAAACCCGUAGUUCUAAUUGUUGCAACACAUUGGGAAGAAGGAAACAGAGAGUUCAGGGAUACGAAUGAACUGGUUGAGAGCUUGCGCCAUCAAUUUCCUAAGACAUCCAAUUUAUCACAGUACAUCAAAGACGAUAACGUGUAUUGUGCAGACUUUACUUUACCUCUCCAUGAUUUAGAAACCUACCUCUUCAACAUAGCUUCCAAUCAACGAUGGCGGGAAAGCAUUCCAAAAGAAUGGUCUUUCUUUGGAAUAGAAAUUAACCAGAAAAAAUACUCAGAGCGGAUCUUAAAAAUUUCAAAAAUAACAACAGAAGUACCAGAGAUUACUACUAAAGAACAGGGUGAUUCAGAUAAAGCUGAAAAAGGGACACAAGACAUGCUGCGGUAUUAUCAUGAUGCCGGAAAAGCUUUAUAUUUUAAGGAAAAUGGUCUGAAUGAGGAAGUGAUUAUUGACGUACAAUGGUUCAUUGACGCCUUCAAACAUAUUAUCACAGACAAACUUCAUUCCAAAGGCAUUCCUGUAACCCAAGGGGACUGGGAUGAAUAUUACGAGACUGGAAAUUUGAAAGAUCAGCUUCUGAUAGAAAUUUGGAAGCAUAAAGAUAUAGAAUUGCUCGAAAAGCUGAUAGAAGAAGAUAGAAAUUACGUACUACUAAAAUAUGGAUCAUUUGAGAAAAAUAAACGAUAUCUAAAGUGUCAUAAGAAAUCACUUCUUAAUUUUAUGCAAAGACUUGGUUUGCUGGCUCUUGGUUCAGAAUCCCAUUAUGUCCCAUGCAUGAACAGGAAAGAAUUGGAGUACAAUAUUUCAAAUCUGAUUAACAAUUCGUACAGUAAAUCAUCAGUCCUUGUUUAUCGAUUCGACUUUUUACCAUUUUUCUUGUUUUAUCGCCUUAUUGUCGCUUGUAUGCAAGAAAAUGGUUGGAAUGUACUACAAAAUCAAGGUAUAUCUUGCCUCUACAAAAACGCCGCUUUGUUUUCGUGUAAGGAAACCAACUUCCUUUUGUCUGUCACAGAAGACUCUAUACAACUUCAGGUAUUCUGUCUGAUGCCAGGAUGUGAUUUGGAAAGGGUAAAAACGUGCAAGAUUCAAGAAAGAAUUGAAGACAUGUUAAAUGAUUUAGCGGGAACAUUUCAUAGAAACAUACAGUUUGUAAGAGGUUUCAGAUGUCGAAAAGACGAAGGAAAAAGGAUUGCUUUCGAUAUCAAAGGACAUUUCUUACCAGAACAAAAAUACAUUCCAAAAGAAGACUGUAAAAUGAUGUGCCCUUUGCAUACUAUUUCAGAUCAGCAUAUUAUUGAUACAGCUGAAUUUACCAGAUAUUGGAAGAUGGAAAGAGAAACUGCAGUUUGAUUUCAAAUAAUGAGAUUUUUUAUUUAAAUUAAAAUUGCUUUAUGACUAAUAAAUUCUAAUAAACUUUUACGUCAAUUGUACUGAUAGCUCAUUUGAGCUAUUGGACUCAUAGUUUUGUAAAAGAAAUGAUUAUAUGGCAAUACUCCUUAUCUCUUAGUUCGUCUUUGUGUUUGCUUCAUGUGUAAGGUUCUCAAAAUUCCUGACUUCUAAUGAACAUCCAGAACAAAUCUUAACAAAUGUUGGCACAUAGCAUCCUCACGUAAAGGGGAAUGAAAGGAAACCAUAUCUAAGAUUGGAAGAUGUAAUGAUUUUUUUUUACUUUUAAAACUUCCUUCUUAAUUACUGCUGCACUAAAAAUACUAUCUUUAAAUAUGUGUCCAUGUACCUUUAAGUUACGCAUGUACAUAAACUAUUUAUCGAUGUCAGCUUUCAAUAAUCAGAUUUCCCCA